AUGCCGUCUCAAGACCAACUGAAGGAGAUCUUCAACCUGUACGACGAGGAGCUCGAUGGAAAGAUCGACGGCACGCAGAUCGGAGAUGUCGUCCGAGCUGCUGGCCUGAAACCAACCAAUGCUAUGGUUACCAAGGCCUCCGGACAAGAGUACAAGCGUAAGGGCGAGAAGCGCAUUACGUUCGAGGAAUGGCUACCGAUUUUCGAGCAGCUGUCGAAAGAAAAGGCAAGUCCCCGACUGUGA